AUGGGUGGCUUGGAUUCAGCAGCAGCAACCGUCACCACCGCAGCAAGCUUGGUCGCAGACGCCUACAUGGCCGCCCCCGCCGAUGUGGCCGCAGCACCCGCCACCGCUGCCGCCGCCAUCAGCCCCGUGAGUUACAUUGUAUGGACUUAUUUUGUACCAACUUGUCGCCAUCUGCCUGACAAAGCAAUCGACUUGGUCGACGAGGCCUGCGCAAACGUGCGGGUGCAGCUUGACAGCCAGCCGGAAGAGAUCGACAAGCUCGUGAGGAAGAGAAUCGAGCUUCAAGUCCACCUCCACGCGCUCGAGAAGGAGACGGACAAACAAAGGAAAGCUCAGCUAGUCAAGGUCAGGAAAGAAUUGGACGAUCUGAGACCCGAGCUGCAGCCGCUGCAGACGAAGUAUCGCAAGGAGAAACAAAGGAUAGACGAGAUCAGGAAGCUAAAGCAGCGUCGAGAGGAGAUGCUGUCGAACCUAGAGGAGGCCGAGCGCCGGCAGCGUCUAGACCGUGCGGCCGACAUCAGAUACGGUGCCCUCCCGGAGGUCGAGACCGCCAUCGCCAAGCUAGAGGCUGAGGCUGGGGACAACAUGAUGUUAGUUGAGGCCGUCAGCCCCGAGCAAAUUGCUGAGGUUGUGAGCCGGUGGACCGGGAUUCCGGUGACUAGCCUUGGACAGAAUGAAAAGGAGAGGCUGAUUGGUUUGGCUGAUAGUCUGCACAAGAGAGUUAUUGGACAGGAAGAAUCUGUCAACGCAGUUGCAGAUGCUGUUUUAAGGUCCAGGGCUGGUCUUGGACGGCCACAGCAGCCUAUUGGUUCAUUCCUUUUCCUCGGACCCACCGGUGUAGGCAAAACCGAACUCGCCAAGGCCCUUGCUGAGCAGCUAUUUUACGAUGAGAAACACCUUGUCCGCAUGGACAUGUCUGAAUACGCGGAGCAGCAUUCAGUUGCCCGGCUCAUUGGAGCACCACCUGGCUAUGUUGGCCAUGAGGAGGGAGGGCAACUAACUGAACUGGUGAGGAAGAGGCCGUACAGGGUUAUCCUCCUUGAUGAGGUCGAGAAGGCACACGUAGCAGUGUUCAACACUCUGCUCCAGGUCUUGGAUGAUGGGAGAUUGACCGAUGGUCAAGGCAGGACCGUGGACUUCAAGAAUACAGUGAUCAUCAUGACAUCAAACCUUGGCGCCGAGCAUCUCCAAAGCUGGAUGAAGGGUAACAUCUCCAUGAAGGUUGCUCAUGAUCAGGUCAUGGUGAAGGUGAAAGAGCAUUUCCAGCCUGAGCUACUGAACCGUCUGGAUGAGAUUGUUGUCUUCAAUCCUCUCAAGCAUGAGCAGCUGAGGAAGGUUUGCCGGCUGCAGAUGGACGAUGUUGAACGCCUCCUUGAAAAGCAUGGUGUUGCUUUGACAGUGGAUGCUGCUACCUUGGACAAGAUCGUGUCCCUAUCUUAUGAUCCGGUAUACAAUGCCAGGCCAAUCAGGAGAUGGAUUCAAAAGAGUGUAGCCACCCAACUGUCCAAGAUGCUGGUCCAGGGAGAAAUAGGUGAGAAUUCCAGGGUGUACAUAGAUGCCACGGCCGACAGAGAAGACCUGACUUACAGGGUCGAGAAGAAUGGAGGAUUGGUGAAUGGGCACAGGGGCGAAGCCAGAUAA